AUGACAGUGGCUGAAAACACAGAACUCGAGCAGCUGUCAAACCGUUUGGCAGACACGGCAAUCGCCGCGGAAGAGGCUCAAGACGCACAAUCGGCAGUGACUCCUCCCUCCAAGAGCAGCACCCCGAACUCAAGCGCUUUGCAGCUCGACCAGCUCGCCAACACCAACCUGCUCACGGUCCGUGUCAAAUGGGUCAACAACCAGGUCAUGGAUCUUCAAACGUCGGAGCUUGUCAACAAGCUCUCGGAGUUGGCCCAUGCCAAAAAGGGUUUCGCUUUCAACCCAUCUGUUAUCGAAAACUACGAGUACCUCAGUGACAAGAGCCGACUCGUCGUGCUCGAGGAAAACAACGGUAUCUACAUGCACGAGUCUGGUACCGAGGAAUUCGCAAGCUGUCAAGACGGCGUUGAAAUUGACCCCAACGCUUCCCCUUCUACGUGGCUUUAUGAUUUUGUAUUUCAGUCCCAAUUCAAGCAAUGGUUGGACCUGGUUUCGGCUCGCGACAGCGCCGUUGCUAUUCUGCAAGAAAGCGCUGUUGUUAAUAAAUGGUCUAUCAGCGAGAAUGCGCAUGCUCUAACGCAUCCUGGUAACUUGUACAUCAGAGGUAUACCGAAGGACCUUACGAUAGACGACUUGGUCCCCAUUUUCAGCAAAUUCGGCCCUGUCCUGGCUCUGAAGAUAAUCUGCGACUCCAAUACUGGCGAAUCUCUAGGUUACGGCUUCCUAUCGUAUCCAUUGGGGUCUCAAGCGUCUAGGUGUAUAAAAGAACUUAACGGAAACCUCAUGAAUGGGUCGCCACUGUUUAUCAACUACCAUGUUGAGCGGAAGGAACGUGAACGUAUACACUGGGAUCAUAUCAAGGAAGACAACGAUGAUGAUCGCUUCAAAGGCGUCUUUAUUGGUAACCUGCCUCUCCAAGAUAUGAACAAAACCUUCGUUACUCCCGAGGAUGUGGUAACGAAAUUCGAGUCGGAGUUGGCAGAAGACGGCGAGCCAGUAGAGGUCUUGUCGUACUAUUUACCGAAACGCAAUAGCGAAAGCGAAAUUGAGUACGAUGAUAAUGAUGAAAAGGCAAAUGAUGUCGAAACGUGUGCAUCACGUCAUGAAGAUUGUCCUUUAAAAGGAUAUGGGUUUAUUAAGUUCGACUCGCAUGCGCAAGCGCUGCGGGCCAUAGAAAAGUUUCACGACAUGGAAUGGCUAGGAAACACACUGGUUGUGAACAAAGCCGUCCAAUCAAAGGCACAUGCUCACCAUCAUCACCACCACUACAAUCACCACUACAAUCAAAACCAUCACCACCGAGCGCAUAAUGAGCAAAGACACCGGCGUCAUAGCGAGCGGUCUAUACCUUCUAGGCAAUCAAGUCUGACGAACAUAUCGUUUUACGCUCCAUUUAGCGGCUCCCAAUCUGGCCUUGGAUUUUUGCCCAAUGCGAUGCCUCUGUACGCACAGGCAGGGGACUUAGAUCCCCAUGAUACGACCGUGGGGUAUUCUCCCGUUUCUUCACCAUCACCAAACAAUAAUUACGCUCCUCCAGCGCAUAUGACUCAUAUGUUUGGCGCACCCCCUUCUUUAAGCAGCACCCCGGAAAGCUCCACAGCUCCUUCAUCGCGUAAUGGGUCAAUUUUCCACGUACAAAAUCAAAAUGGCAUGCUUCCACACUCUCCAUUCAUGCUUCCUAUACCUACCAAGGAUCAACAAGAAUCUAAUUUGUACGUUAAGCAUUUGCCUUUGACGUGGAGAGACCAAGAUUUCAAUCAAUUUUACGAAAAGUUUGGCGAAAUUAUAAGUGCCAAGAUCAUCACUGUUGGAGGUAGCAAAAAUGGAGAUGCUCCUGACGGUUGGUCUCCAAAACCGGCCGAAUCUCCUUUAGGAACCUCGCGCGGUUACGGGUUUGUAUGUUUCAAAAACCCUCUUGAUGCCUCACGAGCAAUGAUGAUUACGGACAGGUAUCAAGUGGACGAGAAUCAUACUUUAUACGUGUCUUUUGCCCAAAAACGUGCCAAAUCCAUCAGCAACGGCGAUUCGAUUCAGGCAACUUUCAAUGAUUCAAGACCUGUUUCUUCACGUAAAAACUCCUAUCAUAAUCAGAGUUUUAGGCCAGAUCUUUUAGGGAAAUACAAUCCUAAGUUUUUGAAUGCAAUGCUACAUCAACAGAAUGGUGGCAAACCUUUUGUUAGGCCGCGUGGAAGUUGGCCUGUGGCUCUAGGUGUACCAGUGGCCUCACCAUAUGCGGUUCCGAUGGUUAAUACUAUGGGCUCAACAUCGUAUCAAUCAAGUCCGGUUACGCCCGAAAUUGGCGAGGGAGAUGGGGCGAUUGCGGUGAGCUCAAAUGAAGUCGAACAAAGCUGA